AAACUUUCUGCUAAUUUUUUUCUUACAGAAAUACACUUUCGGGAAAUGGCCUCUAAAUCCUGGCUAAAUUUUUUAACCUUCCUCUGUGGAUCAGCAAUAGGAUUUUUUUUGUGUUCUCAGCUUCUUAGUAUUUUGUUGGGAGAGCAAGGUGAUACACAGCCUAAUAUUCUUCAUAAUGAUCCUCAUGCUAGGCAUUCAGAUGAUAAUGGACAGAAUCAUCUAGAAGGACAAAUGAACUUCAAUGCAGAUGCUAGCCAACAUAAAGAUGAGAACACAGACAUUGCUGAAAACCUCUAUCAGAAAGUUAAAGUUCUUUGCUGGGUUAUGACUGGCCCUCAGAAUCUAGAGAAAAAGGCCAAACACGUCAAAGCCACAUGGGCCCAGCGUUGUAACAAAGUGUUGUUUAUGAGUUCAGAAGAAAAUAAAGACUUCCCUACUGUGGGACUAAAGACCAAAGAAGGCAGAGAUCAACUAUACUGGAAAACAAUUAAAGCUUUUCAGUAUGUUCAUGACCAUUACCUGGAAGAUGCAGAUUGGUUUUUGAAAGCAGACGAUGAUACGUACGUCAUACUGGACAACCUGAGGUGGCUUCUUUCAAAACAUGACCCUGAAAAGCCCAUUUACUUUGGGAGAAGGUUCAAGCCCUAUGUGAAGCAGGGCUACAUGAGUGGGGGAGCAGGCUAUGUACUGAGCAAGGAAGCCUUGAGGAGGUUUGUAGCUGCAUUCAAAACGGACAAGUGUACACACAGUUCCUCCAUUGAAGACCUGGCUCUGGGCAGAUGCAUGGAGAUUCUCAGUGUGGAGGCAGGAGACUCCAGAGACACCACCGGGAAGGAGACUUUCCAUCCCUUCGUGCCAGAACACCAUCUAGUCAAAGGGUAUCUACCCAGAACCUUUUGGUACUGGAAUUAUAACUAUUAUCCUCCUGUAGAGGGUCCUGGUUGCUGUUCCGAUCUUGCAGUUUCCUUUCACUAUGUUGAUUCCACAACUAUGUAUGAGUUAGAAUACCUCGUUUAUCAUCUUCGUCCGUAUGGUUAUUUAUACAGAUAUCAACCUGCCUUACCUGAAAAUAUGCUAAAGGAAAGCAGUCAAACAAACAGAAACGAAGAUGCAAAAGUAAAAUUAGGAAACCCUUGAAAGGAAAUCGUGAAUGUACAAAGGCUACAUGUCUGGCAUUGCACUGAAGAAGAAAGAUUUCUGCAUUUCUGACACAGAACACUGGAAUCUCAGUGAGGAAUUCUUUUCAAGUGAACAUUCCAUAUAGACAUCUUUCAUAUGAAUGACUGUAAACUGAAGCUUUAAAUGAGCUGUGAAGUCUGUUAAAAUGUGUUUUGAUACAGUAAUAUAUAAAUAUAUAUAUAUGAAGAAGUUGUGUUUUUCAAAUGGUGGCCAGGUAGAGGAACUAGAAAAGAGAUUUUGUUGCCUAUUUUUGAUCUUGUGUAUUAUUGUCACUGAGAAACUAAACAAGUUAAAUUUGCUAAAACCACACUGCACCAUAUUAGUCAUAUACACGAUGCUAAACAGAUCUGCCUUAAAGAAAACUUUAGAAGGAAGUAAGUGUGGCUCAGUGUUGGUAAUAAGCUCAAGAAAUGAGUUUAUAUUUGCAGUAUGAUAUAAAUGAAUCAACCCCUACCCACAUAGUUUUUGUCUAAUGAAAAUUUUACUGUGAUUAUUUAUAAUUGGCAGUAUCUCUUCCAGAAGAAGGUAAAAUGAGGAUGGCACUUACCCUAAAGUGCAUUAAUAAAACACAUUCUGAAAUUA